AUGUCUUCAUCAUCAUUUUCAAAACUAUAGGAUGAUGAUGAUUACAAAAUCUGCUGUUCAAUACAUAAUAGACCUGCCAAUUUCUGUCUGAAUGAAUAUUGUAAUGAAUCAAGAAUAUUCUGUCCCAAAUGUUUGAAUGAAGGCAAACACACUCAUUUAAGUAGUAUAUGUUAUUUUACUGAAAUGCUUGAAGUUAUUUAAAAUAAAAAAGAUAAAAUCUAAUCUAUUAUUGAACUACUUAACUAUUUAAUUGAACAAAUUUUAUCAUUUGAAAAUAAAUUAAAACAAAAGUAUAAUAUCUCUAAAGAAGAAUUAUUUCUCAUGAAUCAUAAUUAAUUGAGUACCUUUAUUGACCAUAUUUUAAAGAAUGAAAAUGAAUUUAAUAAUAUUCUAUCAACUCUUAAAAUUAAUUUUAAUUCAAUUAAUGAAACUUUUUCAUAAAGCUCUUAAACACUUUAAUUAGAUUUAAAUUAAUAUUCAUGGAACAAUUUAAAAUAGAAAUAAACCAAACCUCAGCAAAAUACUGUUAACAUUGUUAAAAAUGAUAAAUAAUCUAACGAUAAUAUUAUAUCAAACUAAAAUACAAAAAAACCUUAAGAAGAUCAAAGUAAAAUAGAUUAAUAAAAAGUUGAAUAAGAUGCUUAUAAUUAAUAAAUUCAAAAUCAAUAAAAUACAUCUUAACAACAACUAAAAGAAAACUCUGCAUUUUAUAGAGAAAAAAAGAGAUAAGAAAAUAUAUCCUAAAAAUAACUCUUUGGUUUUUUUGGUUAAAAAUAAAAUAAUUAAUAAAAAGUUGAAUUAGAUGUUUAUAAUUAAUAAAUUCAUUUUAAAUUACCUAUUAAUCAUUAAGAAUUAUAAAAAAAUUAAUAGAAAUAUCCAAUUGCAUUAUUUUUAGGUAGUGCAGGAGUUGGUAAAACAUCAAUAAUAAAAACUAUUUUUUCAGGUUAUAUUAUUAAUUUAAAAGAAUUUUAAUUAUAUCCAGCAAGAAUAGAUGAUUCUUUAAUUUAUAAUUUUGUAGAUACAAAAGCAUUUGAUUUUGAAUCAAAUAUAGAUGAAAGAGAAUAAUAAAUAAAACUCUAUUAAUCUAUAUUUUAUAAAUAUCCAAAUAAAGUAGGAUCACUAUUUGUAGUUGUUAAUUUUGAAAGAACUGAUUUGAUGAAAAAAAAAUUAUUGUCAAUAUAUAAGUUCUUUAGAAAAUUUUCAUCUAUUAUUUUUAAGAAAAGAGACACAAAGAAAUGA